GCCAUUUUAGCAGAACAUAACAAUAGAUGUUAUGUUCUUCUCCUCUCCUCUCACCCAUGGAGCUCAGGCAAGGACACAGUUAACAAUCAGCUUGUCUUUUAUCAUCCAGGCUGUGAAAGUAUGAGCGCCAUGGUAACGCAGAAUCGCUUGAGUGUAGCAGACCUGGACAACAGCUCUCUGCAGCUGCCUGAGGCCGCAGAAGCGGCAACCCCAAGACCAGCCUUUCACAGGAAGAAAGUGGUCCCAAAGACUGACUCCAGAGAUGUUUUUCUCAACAGAGAGGAGAACCUUUUCUUUAGCCUGAUGCUGCUGAUCGGAUGUUAUUUGGCUAUUCUGAUUCCUGCUUAUCUCCCCUCGGACAAGGUGGCAGCUAUCAGAGACGACUAUCAACAACCCAAAGAUAUGGCCGUACUAAAUCGGUCAGCCUCUCUGCUGGCAGGACCUUGUCUGCCUCGCUGGUGUCUAAACCACCUCAAGCACCUGUCUUGUCCCGUUGGCCUCGAAGACAUCCCUGUGUUUAUACAGCAGGAGAGGCGUGAGCCAUGGAGUCUGUCUCCUCCUCUUGGGUUUCAGGGCAUCGAACAGCAUCUCGCUGUAGCGCUCGCCACUCUGCCUCAACCUGGCCUGCCUCCAUCAUUGAAGAGAGAAGGCAGCUGCACGCGAUGCGUGGUGGUGGGUAGUGGAGGGAUUCUUCAUGGGAGCCAUCUUGGAUCACAUAUAGAUCAGUAUGACAUCAUUAUCAGGCUGAAUAAUGCUCCGGUGCACGGCUUUGAGAGAGAUGUUGGUUCGAGGACAACCAUUCGCCUGACGUACCCAGAGGGAGCACCUCACUCCUCAAACGAGUACAGAAAGACUAGCAUAUUUGCUGUGGUGGUCUUUAAGAGCCUAGAUUUAGACUGGCUUACUUCUGUCAUCACCAAACAACCUCUGAGCUUCUGGUCUAAAAUGUGGUUCUGGAAGGAAGUUGUGGAUCAUAUCCCCCUGACACCAGAGAGCUUCAAGAUCGUCCACCCAGAGAUUAUUCACAAGAUGGGCCAAGUUAUAGAGAAAUAUGAACUGAACCAGAGAAAUAACAUAUUGCCAACAAUUGGUGCCACUGGAGUGGUGAUGGCUUUGCAGCUCUGCGACCAGGUGAGCCUGGCUGGGUUUGGGUAUGACAUGCAGCACCCUGAGGCCAGGCUUCAUUAUUAUGAGGCCAUACGCAUGGACACAAUGAAGUCUCAAGUGGUGCAUGAUGUAACUGCUGAAAAACUCUUCUUGAAGGACCUGGUGGCUGCAGGAGUAGUGACUGACCUAACAGGAGGGGUAUGAGUCAAAGAUUGGUGAUAUACAGAACUGAAGAACUCUACACACUGCAGACUGAUUCUAAAAUGCUCACAGCAUCAUGUGGUUAACUGAUUGCUGAGCACAUUUAACUCCAAGUGACGGUAGAGGCUAAUUUUUCUCAUUACAAUUCAAUGAACAUGUUAAAUCACUGGAUCCUGUUCUGUAAUUGUGAUAGGAGAAGCUAAAUUGUGCUACCACACAGAAAUGUGACGGUCUAGGUUCACACUGUACUAUUUCAACUGAGUUUACAACAAUUUAAUAAACAUAAAACC